AUGUUGUCACCUAUCGAUAUGGUUGGAAUGUGCGAAAUGACCGGGAAACAUUUUAUGGGAAAAUUGUUCGGGAAAAAUGGAUUUUGGGAAAAUGUCCAGCCAGACCUGAAGCAAGAUUAUGAUAUUUUCCGUCGAAAAUUUCCAAUUCGUGUACAGCUGGAGUACGGUGAAAACUGGGCCAUUCAAAGUUUCUCUGAUCAAGUGCCCCGUUUCUUUUGA